CCGCACGGGGACGGCCGCAGUUAAAUAGCGCCGGCGCGAGCCUAGAGGGAGCCAGAGAGACGGCAGCGGCCUCCCCUCCGCCGCGCGAUCCAUCCUCGCUCUCCCUCCGCCGCCCGCACCGCCGCUCGCGCCCAGACCAGAGAGAGCAACCAUGGAGGAGGUGGUGAUUGCUGGCAUGUCUGGGAAGUUCCCCGAGUCCGAGAACUUGGAGGAGUUCUGGGCCAAUCUCAUCGGUGGCGUGGACAUGGUGACAGAAGAUGACAGGCGGUGGAAGGCGGGACUGUAUGACCUGCCCAGGCGGUCAGGCAAGCUGAAGGACCUGUCCCAGUUUGACGCCUCCUUCUUCGGGGUCCACCCCAAGCAGGCGCACACCAUGGACCCCCAGCUACGCAUGCUGCUGGAGGUCACCUACGAGGCCAUUGUGGAUGCAGGCAUCAACCCAGCUUCCCUUCGUGGGACGGACACCGGUGUCUGGGUGGGUGUGAGUGGCUCUGAGGCCUCAGAGGCUCUGAGCCGAGACCCUGAGACCCUUGUGGGCUACAGUAUGGUAGGCUGCCAGCGCGCCAUGAUGGCCAACCGCCUCUCCUUCUUCUUCGACUUCAAAGGACCCAGCAUUGCCCUGGACACGGCCUGCUCCUCCAGCCUGAUGGCCCUGCAGAAUGCCUACCAGGCCAUCCUCACGGGGCAGUGCCCCGCAGCCGUCGUGGGCGGCAUCAACGUCUUGCUGAAGCCCAACACCUCGCUGCAGUUCAUGAAGCUGGGCAUGCUCAGCCCCGAGGGCACCUGCAAGUCCUUCGACGCACAGGGGAACGGCUACUGCCGUGCAGAGGCUGUGGUGGCCGUUCUGCUGGUCAAGAAGUCCCUGGCCCGACGGGUGUACGCCACUAUCCUCAAUGCCGGCACCAACACGGACGGCUUCAAACAACAAGGUGUCACCUUCCCCUCCGGAGAGGUGCAAGCGCAGCUCCUCCGCUCCCUGUAUGAGCCAGCCGGGCUGGCCCCUGAGUCCUUGGAGUACAUCGAAGCCCACGGCACCGGCACCAAGGUGGGCGACCCCGAGGAGCUGAAAGGCAUCACGCAGGCCCUGUGUGCCACCCGCCAGCGCCCCCUGCUGAUCGGCUCCACCAAGUCAAACAUGGGACACCCGGAGCCUGCCUCAGGGCUCGCAGCACUGGCCAAGGUGCUGUUGUCCCUGGAGCACGGGCUCUGGGCCCCCAACCUGCACUUCCACAGCCCAAACCCGGAGAUCCCCGCCCUGCAGGACGGGCAGCUGCAGGUGGUGGACCGGCCCCUGCCCGUCGUCGGGGGGAACGUGGCCAUCAACUCCUUUGGCUUCGGUGGCUCCAACGUGCACGUCAUCCUCCGGCCCAACACCCAGCCGCCCCCACCGCCUGCCCCGCACGCUGCCCUGCCCCGUCUGCUGCGGGCCAGCGGGCGUACCCAUGAGGCUGUGCAGGGCCUGCUGGAGCAGGGCCUCCGGCACAGCCAGGACCUGGCUUUCGUGAGCAUGCUCAACGACAUCGCGGCCACCCCCACGACCACCAUGCCCUUUCGCGGCUAUGCUGUGCUGGGCAGCCAGGACGGCGGCCAGGAGGUGCAGCAGGUGCCGGCUGGCAAGUGCCCGCUCUGGUUCAUCUGCUCUGGGAUGGGCGCGCAGUGGCUCGGGAUGGGCCGGAGCCUCUUGCGCCUGGACAGCUUCCGGGACUCCAUCCUGCGCUCGGACAAGGCCGUGAAGCCUUUGGGACUGCAGGUGUCGGACCUGUUACUGAGCACAGAGGCGACCACUUUUGAUGACACCACCCCAUCCUUCGUGAGCCUCACUGCCAUCCAGAUUGCCCUCAUAGACCUGCUGACCUCCAUGGGCCUGCGGCCUGACGGCAUCAUCGGGCACUCCCUAGGCGAGGUGGCCUGUGGUUAUGCCGACGGCUGCCUGUCUCAGGAGGAAGCUGUCCUCUGUGCCUACUGGAGGGCACAGUGCAUCAAGGAGGCCAACAUCCCGCCAGGGGCCAUGGCAGCCGUGGGCUUGUCCUGGGAAGAGUGUAAGCGGCGCUGCCCCCCUGGCAUCGUGCCUGCCUGCCACAACUCCGAGGACUCCGUGACCAUCUCAGGACCUCAGGCUGCCAUGUCCGAGUUUGUGCAGCAACUGAAGCAGGAGGGCGUGUUUGCCAAGGAGGUGAGGACAGGCGGCGUGGCGUUCCACUCCUACUUCAUGGACUCCAUCGCCCCUGCACUGCUGAAGGCACUCAGGAAGGUGAUCCGGGAGCCACGGCCCCGCUCCACGCGCUGGCUCAGCACCUCCAUCCCGGAGGCCCAGUGGCAGAGCAGCCUUGCCCGCACGUUCUCAGCCGAGUACAACGUUAACAAUUUGGUGAGCCCUGUGCUGUUCCAGGAGGCACUGCGGCACGUGCCAGAGAACGCCGUGGUGCUGGAGAUCGCCCCCCAUGCCCUGCUGCAGGCCGUCCUGAAGAGAGGCCUCAAGUCCAGCUGCACCGUCCUCCCGCUGAUGAAGAAGGACCAGAGGGACAACCUGGAAUUCUUCCUCAGCAACGUGGGCAGGCUUCACCUGCUGGGCAUUGACGUCAACCCCAACGGUCUGUUCCCACCCGUGGAGUUCCCGGCUCCCCGGGGGACCCCCCUCAUCUCCCCCCACAUCAAGUGGGACCACCGCCAGACCUGGGACGUGCCCACUGCGGAGGACUUCCCCAGCGGCUCCAGCUGCUCUUCUGUCACCGUCUAUAAGAUCGACACCAGCCCUGAGUCCCCUGACCACUACCUGUCGGAUCACUGCAUCGACGGCCGUAUCAUCUUCCCCGCCACUGGCUACCUGUGCCUGGUCUGGAAGACACUGGCGCGAGCCCUGGACCACGACAUGGAGCAGGUGCCUGUCGUGUUCGAGGACGUGAUGCUGCACCAGGCCACCAUCCUGCCCAAGACAGGGAUCCUGCCCCUGGAAGUGCGGCUUCUGGAAGCUUCCUGCACCUUCGAGGUGUCUGAGAAUGGCAACCUGAUCGUGAGCGGAAAGGUACGCCGGUGGGAGGACCCCGAUCCCAAGCUCUUUGACAGCCGGUACGGCACGGACCCCACAACCCCCGUGGACCCCCCGUCUGCAUUCCACCUGAGCCAGGGAGAGGUGUAUAAGGAGCUGAGGCUGCGAGGCUACGACUACGGCCCCCAUUUCCAGGGCAUCCUCGAGGCCAACCUCGAAGGCAACAGAGGCCAGCUGCUGUGGAAGGACAACUGGGUAAUCUUCCUGGACACCAUGCUGCAAAUGUCCAUCCUGGGCCUGAGCCAGCACAGCCUGCGUCUGCCCGUACGCAUCACUGCCAUCCACAUCGACCCCACCACCCACCGGCAGAAGCUGCGCGCGCUGCAGGAUGAGACACAAGUGGCCGACGUGGUAGUGGACAGCUGUCUGGACAGCACGGUGGCCGGCAGUGUCCACAUCUCGAGGCUGCACACCUCGGUGGCCCCUCGGCGACAGCAGGAGUACCUGGCGCCCACCCUGGAGAAGCACUGCUUCACGCCGCACAUGGAGGACGGGUGCCUGGCCGGGAGCCUGGCCCUGCAGGAGGAGCUGCAGCUGUGCAGGGGGCUGGCACAGGCACUGCAGACCAAGGUGGCCCAGCAGGGGGUGAAGAAGGUGGUGCCCGGGCUGGAUGGGGCCCAAGCUCCCCAAGGGGCCCCGCAGCAGAACCUGCCUCGGCUGCUGGCCACCGCCUGCCAACUGCAAGUCAAUGGGAACCUACAGCAGGAACUGGGCCAGGUCCUGGCCCAGGAGAGGCCCCUCCUGUGUGACGACCCCCUGCUCAGCGGCCUCCUUGACUCCCCAGCACUCAAGGCGUGUGUGGACACUGUCCAGGAGAACAUCACCAGCCUCGGGACGAAGGUGGUGGAGGUGCUGGCUGGUGAUGGCCGACUGUAUUCCCGCAUCCCAGCGCUGCUCAACACCCAGCCCCUGAUACAGCUGGACUACACAGCCACUGACCGCCACCCCCAGGCUCUGCAGGCCGCCCAGGCCACGCUGCAGCAGCUCAACUUGACCCAGGGCCAGUGGGACCCUGCACACCCCGCCCCCAGCAACCUGAACAGGGCCGACCUCUUGGUGUGCAACUGUGCCCUGGCCACCCUUGACGACCCGGCCACAGCCAUCGGCAACAUGGCAGCUACCCUGAAGGAGGGAGGCUUCCUGCUGCUGCACACGCUGCUUGGAGGACACCCCUUGGGAGAGACUGUUGCCUUUCUCACCUCCUCUGAGCCGCGUCAAGGCACGCAGCACCUCCUGAGCCAGGACGAGUGGGAGAGCUUAUUUGCCGGGGCAUCCCUGCAUCUGGUGGCCCUGAAGACGUCCUUCUAUGGCUCCGCGCUCUUCCUGUGCCGCCGGCUAGCCCCGCAGCACAGCCCAGUCUUCCUGCCCGUGGAGGAUACCAGCUUCCAAUGGAUCGACUCGCUGAAGGACAUCCUGGCUGACUCCUCCUCCCGGCCCGUGUGGCUCACGGCCGUUGGCUGCAGCACCUCGGGUGUCGUGGGCAUGGUGAACUGUCUCCGAAAAGAGCCCAGAGGGCACCGGAUUCGGUGCAUCCUGGUGUCCAACCUCAGUAGCACAUCCCCCGUCCCUGAGAUGGACCCGAACUCUUUGGAGCUGCAGAGGGUGCUACAGGGGGACCUGGUGAUGAACGUCUACCGGGACGGGGCCUGGGGGGCGUUCCGCCACUUCCCACUGGCACAGGACCGGCCAGAGGAGCAGACGCAGCAUGCCUUCGUAAACAUUCUCACCCGAGGGGACCUCUCCUCCAUCCGCUGGGUCUGCUCGCCUCUGCGCCACGCCCAGCCCACAGGCCCUGGCGUCCAGCUCUGCACCAUCUAUUAUGCUUCCCUCAACUUCAGAGACAUCAUGCUGGCCACAGGCAGACUGUCCACCGACGCCAUCCCAGGAAAAUGGACCGCUCAAAGCUGCAUGCUGGGCAUGGAGUUCUCCGGCCGAGAUGCCAGUGGCAAGCGUGUGAUGGGGCUGGUGCCCACUGAAGGCCUGGCCACCUCCAUCCUGGUGUCUCAGGACUUUCUGUGGGAUGUGCCUUCCAACUGGACCCUGGAGGAGGCAGCUUCAGUGCCCGUCGUCUAUGCCACAGCCUACUACGCGUUGGUAGUGCGUGGGCGCAUACAGCCUGGGGAGACAGUUCUCAUCCACUCGGGCUCGGGCGGUGUGGGUCAGGCCGCCAUCACCAUUGCUCUCAGCCUGGGCUGCCGCGUCUUCACCACCGUGGGGUCAGCUGAAAAGCAGGCAUACCUCCAGGCCAAGUUCCCCCAGCUCAACGAAGCCAGCUUUGCCAACUCCCGGGACACGUCCUUCGAGCAGCAUGUACUUCGGCACACAGCCGGGAAGGGUGUUAACCUGGUCCUGAAUUCCCUGGCGGAAGAGAAGCUGCAGGCCAGCGUGCGGUGCCUGGCCCAGCAUGGUCGAUUCCUGGAAAUUGGCAAAUUUGAUCUUUCCAACAACCACCCCCUGGGCAUGGCCAUCUUCCUGAAGAAUGUGACUUUCCACGGGAUCCUGCUGGACGCCAUCUUUAACGAAGACAGCAUCUGGCAGGAGACGUCAGAGCUGCUGCAGGCAGGCAUCCGAGAUGGCGUGGUGCAGCCCCUCAGGCGCACCGUGUUCCCCAAGACCCGGGUGGAGGAUGCCUUCCGCUACAUGGCCCAGGGCAAACACAUAGGCAAAGUGGUCAUCCAGGUGCUCGAGGAGGAGCAGGAGGCGGUGCAGCAAGGGGCCGGGCUCCCCCUGAUGGCGGCCUUGUCCAAGACCUUCUGCCCGGCCCACAAGAGCUACGUUAUCGUUGGGGGCCUGGGUGGCUUUGGCCUGGAGCUGGCCCAGUGGCUUAUGCUGCGAGGGGCCCAGAAGCUGGUGCUGACGUCCCGCUCUGGGAUCCGCACAGGUUACCAGGCCAGGCGGGUCCGUGAGUGGAGACACCAGGGUAUGCAGGUCCUGGUGUCCACCAGCAACGCCAGCUCGCUGGAUGGCGCCCGGAGCAUUAUCACUGAGGCCGCCCAGCUUGGGCCUGUAGGAGGCGUCUUCAACCUGGCCAUGGUCCUGAGAGACGCCCUGAUGGAGAACCAGACCCCUGAGUUUUUCCAGGACGUGAACAAGCCCAAGUACUUUGCCACCUUGAACUUGGACAGGGUGACCCGGGAGGCAUGCCCGGAGCUGGACUACUUCGUGGUCUUCUCCUCGGUGAGCUCUGGGCGUGGCAACAGUGGCCAGACCAACUACGGGUUCGCCAACUCCGCCAUGGAACGCAUAUGCGAGAAGCGCCAGCAUGAUGGCCUCCCAGGCCUCGCCGUGCAGUGGGGCGCCAUCGGUGACGUGGGCAUCAUCCUGGAGACCAUGGGCACCAAUGACAUGGUCAUCAGUGGGACGCUGCCCCAGCGUGUCACCUCCUGCCUGGAGGUGCUGGACGUCUUCCUGAACCAGCCCUACCCGGUCCUGAGCAGCUUUGUGCUGGCGGAGAAGAAGGCCACAACCCGUGGUGACAGCAGCAGCAGCCAGCAGGACCUGGUGAAGACUGUGGCUCACAUCCUAGGCAUCCGGGACUUGGCCACUGUCAACCUGGACAGCUCGCUGGCGGACCUGGGCCUGGACUCACUCAUGGGCGUGGAGGUGCGCCAGGUGCUGGAGCGAGAGCACGACCUGGUGCUGUCCGUGCGGGACGUCCAGCACCUCACACUCCGGAAGCUGCAGGAGCUGUCUCUGCAGACCGGCACAGCCGACGAGCUGGCGGCCCCUGCACCCAAGGAGGACAGCCUUGCCCAGCAACAGGUCCAGCAGCACCUGAGCACCCUGCUGGUGAACCCUGAGGGCCCAACCUUGACUCGGCUCAACUCCGUGCAGAGCUCUGAGCGGCCCCUGUUCCUGGUGCACCCCAUCGAGGGCUCCACCACGGUGUUCCACAGCCUGGCUGCCAAGCUCAGCAUCCCCACCUACGGCCUGCAGUGCACGGGAGCUGCACCCCUGGACAGCAUCCAGAGCCUGGCCGCCCACUACAUCGAGUGCAUCAGGCAGGUGCAGCCGGAGGGGCCCUACCGCAUUGCUGGCUACUCCUAUGGCGCCUGUGUGGCCUUCGAGAUGUGCUCGCAGCUGCAGGCACAGCAGAGCGCCGGCCCCACGAACAACAGCCUCUUCCUGUUCGACGGCUCGCCCAGCUACGUGCUGGCCUACACGCAGAACUACCGGGCCAAGAUGAACGCGGCCAGCGAGGCCGAGGCCGAGGCCGAGGCCGAGGCCAUGGCCAUAUUUUUCUUCGUGCGGCAGUUCACUGACGUGAAGCACGACAGGGUGCUGGAGGCGCUGCUGUCCCUCAAGGGCCUGGAGGAGCGCGUGGCAGCCGCCGUGGAGCUGAUCGCGCAGAGCCACGCCGGCCUGGACCUCCGCGUGCUCCGCUUCGCCGUGCGCUCCUUCUAUUACAAGCUGCGCGCGGCGGAGCAGUACACGCCGCAGGCCACCUACCACGGCAACGUGACGCUGAUGCGCGCCAAGGCAGGCAGCGCCUACGGCGAGGACCUGGGCGCCGACUACAACCUGUCCCAGGUGUGCGACGGCAAGGUGUCCGUGCACGUCAUCGAGGGCGACCACCACACGCUGCUGGAGGGCAGCGGCCUGGAGUCCAUCCUCAGCAUCAUCCACAGCUCCCUGGCCGAGCCGCGUGUCAGCGUGCGGGAGGGCUAGGCCGGCCCCGCCCGGGAGGAUCCUGCCGGUGGGACCUGCGCCCCGCCCCCAACCCCGCCCCCGACCCCGCGUGCGGCCGCCGGUAGGACCAGCGCGCCCCCUCCCCCUGCCCCGCGGCCGCCGACUCGGAGACCUGCCCGGUCUGUGAAGGGUCCGCCGAGCCGCCAGCCGGGCCAGCCUUCCCAAGCCGCGCGGGCUCUGCCGCGCUGGUCCGUCUGUUGUUUCUCAGUUUGGAUUCUCCUAUUUAUUGCGUCGCCGGGGAGACGCCGGUCGGUCCACCUGUGAGGCCGGCGCGCGGGAGCCGGGCCCCGGGGCCCCAUGAUGCCAGCGGUGCAGCGGAGCAGCCCCAGGCGCUGGGCACCCACCCUAUUCGUCUGUGUUUGUUUUUCAAGAAAAAAAAUAUUCAAGUUGCUGCUUGGAUUUUGAAAUUCACUGUAAUUGUCUGUGUAAAGAACCAUGUCUGGACCCCGUUUCAUCUUUACACCGACCCAGUAAAAAUGUUGUCUCCUCCAGAGCCUCCCCACAAUUAAACCGCAUGUGAGCUCUGG